GGUGUGUACGCGGGGGCGGGGCGAGCGUGCGUGCGUCAUCACGCCGUGAUAACAGUGACACCGAUCAGCAGCUCUAUAUCGGAAUUUCAGCGCUUUAGAGAGACAGAAGAGAGAAGUAAGCGCUCUAAAUCUGCAGUUUAAUCACUUCUCUGUUUUCUGCCGUUGGAAUACGAGGAGACUUUACAACAGAGCGGUAAAUAAUGGCGGUUUUGGGAGGCGCGUGCCGGCUCAUGCAGCUGGUCAGACGCAGUCCCUCCGUGAGUUUGUGCACGAGCGCGUUUCUCAGACGACAGUCGACGGCCGCAGCAGCUGCAUUUGCCAGUUCACCCACUCCGGAGACUCAAGAGAACAGAAAACCCAAAACAGGGAUUCUGAUGUUGAACAUGGGCGGCCCGGAGAAACUCGAAGACGUGCAUGAUUUUCUCUUGCGGCUCUUCAUGGACACAGACCUCAUGCAACUUCCUGUGCAAAAUAAACUCGGCCCUUUCAUUGCCAAAAGACGCACACCAAAGAUCCAAGAGCAGUACAGCAAGAUCGGAGGAGGGUCUCCCAUCAAAGCCUGGACCACCAUGCAGGGGGAAGGAAUGGUCAAACUCCUUGACGAAAUGUGUCCAGAGACAGCUCCUCAUAAGUUUUAUAUCGGUUUCCGGUACGUUCAUCCUCUGACUGAGGAAGCCAUCGAGCAGAUGGAGAAGGAUGAAGUCGAGAGAGCCGUGGCCUUUACACAGUACCCACAAUACAGCUGCUCCACCACAGGCAGCAGUCUGAACGCUAUAUACAGAUACUACAGCAACCGCACUGACAGGCCAAAGAUGCGCUGGAGUGUGAUUGACAGGUGGCCGACACACCCUCUACUGGUUGAGUGUUUUGCUGAACACGUUCGUAACGAGCUGGAGAAGUUUCCUCCGGAGAAGAGAGAUGACGUGGUGAUUCUGUUCUCGGCUCACUCGCUGCCGCUCUCUGUGGUGAACAGGGGCGAUCCGUACCCACAGGAGGUUGGCGCUACAGUUCAGAGGGUGAUGGACCGGUUAGGCCACUGUAACCCCUACAGACUCGUCUGGCAGUCAAAGGUGGGGCCGAUGGCGUGGCUGGGGCCGCAGACUGAUGAGGUCAUCAAGGGCCUGUGUCAGCGCGGGAAGAAGAAUCUCCUGCUGGUGCCCAUCGCUUUCACCAGCGACCACAUCGAAACUCUGCACGAACUCGACAUCGAGUACUCACAGAUCCUCGGAGAAGAGUGUGGAGUGGAGAACAUCAGACGAGCAGAAUCUCUGAAUGGAAAUCCACUGUUCUUCAGGGCGUUGGCUGAUCUGGUUCAGUCCCAUCUGAAGUCCAACGAGCCGUGUUCCCGCCAGCUCACCCUCCGCUGUCCGCUGUGCGUCAACCCCACCUGCGGUCAGACCAAGGCCUUUUUCGCCAGCCAGAAACCCUGACCUCUGACCUCUCGGCAGCCGUGUCAUCAUUCCCCUCUCACCGAUUGGAAGGACCGGACCGAGGCGGCGGCUCUAGGUUAGCUUGAACCCGUGCGGGUCGGAGAGGAGGUUGUCGGGGAAGCCGGACCGUGACAAUUGAAGAUAAAUGCACUAAUCCCGGCAUUCAUUCCAGCUGAAACCUCUUCGCCUUUUUGUUUUUCUUACUUGGUCUUUCUGUCCAGUUUUUUUUUUUUUUCCUAGCAUGUGAUCAUGUCUUCCCUUAAACAACUAAAUGCAGUCCGAAAAAAAUGCAAAAACAGUCAGCGUGGAACAAAUUAACCAGUUUUUCAGUGUAAACACAAAACAAAACAUGGUGCUAAAACUGUGUGUGCAUCAGAUCGUCCUCAGAGGAAUAGUUCACAUUCAUUCAUGUGCUUUCAAACCUGCGUGAUUUCAUUUCUUCUGUGGAGAUAUUGAGCUCCAAAAACCAUUAAAGCAUCAUAUGACUGAAUGUAGUUGAAUAUAUUGCACAAGUCAUGUGAAUGACAUCAAGUUUUUGAAAUUAAACAUUUUUUAAAAAGUGUGCAUAUAUGUUUUUUGUUAGGUAUCAUAUUUGAUACUUUUAUGGCUCAUAUAGUCUGAUAUAAUGAGAAAAAAUAGCUCGGUUUCAUUCAGAGCAAAAAUAUGUAAUUUGGUGCAGAUGCUGAUAUUAAAUCCACAGUGCGUCGCAGUUUGUUGCGUAUGGGGCUGAAUAGCCGCAGACCAGUCGGGGUGCUCAUGCUGACCCCUGUCCACCGUACAAUUACUGUAUACUAAAAGGCCCAAUUUUAAAGUACUUUUUCCACAUUAUCUCUUAAUUUUAUAGGAUUAAACGUCUUCACAGAAGAAUGAAAGUCACACGGGUUUGAAAGGUGAUGACAGAAGUUCAUUCCUUUGAUAAACUCCCGCUGCGCAGCGCCUCCCAUCUGAAACCGCAGUGGAAGCGUCUCUGACCUUCGACCCAUGCGGUUGCCCUCUCAUUGCAGGGUCGCUCGUGCCUACGCUUCAUAACGCUACUCUGGCGAUCCGUCGCUCCACUCAGAGCCUUCGAUAUCUCGUGCCUUUAACGAUCCGAAGAGUAAACGCAGUUUCAUGGUUAUUUAUCAGCGUGUGGAUGGUUAGAGUAGAAACCGCUUCUGUUGGUGUGUUUUUAAAAUGCCUUUAGCUUCUUUUGCCAUGGAGUCACAUGAUCUAGAAGUGUUAGCAUGUCUUCCAUUUCCUGUAACAGGUCCCUUGUUGUUUAUGGUCAUUUCCUGUUCUCUCUCUCUCUGUCAUGGUCUGUUCUUUUCAUAGGUGAAUCUCAAGAAAACAUCCACGCCAUUUUUCACCUCAAAAUGUGUAUGUAUGUGUGUGUGUAUAUAUAUACUUAAAAAUUAUAUAUAAUUUGCAUAUAUAAAUAAUAUAAGUGUGUGUGUGUGUGUGUGUGUGUGUGUGUCUGAGGGCUGCAGGAUCCUCCUGGUAAUUGAAAAGUGUAACGCUGCAGCAGCGGCUCUGUGACCUCUAAUUGAGAGGAGCAUUGAUUUCUGCAGGGAGAGAGAGAGAGAGAGAGAGAGAGAGAGAGAGAGAGAGAUGGAGAAACAGGGGGAUGAUGGAGCAGAGAGGAGAAAUGAAGCAGUGAGUGAUUCUGUAGGGAGAGAGACUGAUCAGAUGGACGAUUGGAAAGGACAGAUGUGGUGAAAGACAGACACAGAGAGAGAGAGAAGGCAGUGGGGAACGAGAAAUUACAUUUCUUCUCCAUGGACCUUUCUUACCCCACAAAUCUUUGUUUUUGGUCAUUCUGCACAGAUGUACAGUUGAGUCCAAAAGACUGAGAGAAAUGCUUUUUAAUUUGAUUUAUUUGUUUGCUUGUUUUUUUUGUAAUCAAAAAAAUGUACUUUGAAACCCGUACAUCAAUUGAAAAUGUAUGUAAAUAUAAUGAUAAUAAUUUAUCAUUCUAAUUAUUAUUUGAGAUGAUCAAAGAGCAUCUUGAGCUUCAGUGAAAAUAAUAAAAUGGCCGUCAGUACAGAGUCACAUGAUCAGUAAUUUGUGUGAAUGUAUAUAAUCCAGGUUUAAAUGAGAUGUUUUGGACUCUGCUGUACACUGGAUUUCUGUUUCUCUUCUGUUUCUUCCAUCAUAAGGAUGUUUUUGUGGCCUGUCCUCACUCACGUGUUUCUAACUUUGCCUUAUUACAUUAGCAAAUAUGCAUAUUUUGAGAAGUAAAACGUCAGCACUUUGUCUUCGUUCUCUCUCUAUACUUUAAGAUUUUAGUGGAUAAUGUAGUGGUUAUUAACUUGUUACCAGUGUUUUUUGUUUUUUCAGAAUAAAAAUUAAAUCUGCAUUAAAUUAUUUGUAAGAAGCACCUGCCCCACAUCAACCCUGAUGACUCUCUGAGGCGUGAUUGUUUCCAGCAUAUGUUGGUGUUUAUUAAUUAAGAUUUAGAUGGUAAAAUGCUGUUUAUUUACACUUAGUACAGGUUUAAUCUUUCUUUAAUGAUCAUUUCAUCACACUGGAUAAGGCUACAACACAUAUAUAGACUGAUUUUGAUCAUAACUUCCACCAGAUUUUACUCUGGAUUCAGCUGCAGAAACGCACAACAUAUGUCUCGCUGCUGUUUGAUGUCUGAUCGCUUCAUUUCGUCCAAAAAAAAAUCAGAAGUAAAAAAAUAAAGAAAAUUACAUUUUACUACUUUAUUAGGUUUAGGUUCAUUAAAAUAUUUAGGAUUGUGAUGUUAUUGUCAUGACAGUAAAGCACAAUUCCCCCAAAUUCGUAAACACCUGAUUUAUUAUUCAGAUUGUCAGGAUGCAUCAUAUUAGUAUUUGUUGCACUCAAAAUGUGUUUGAUUAUCAUGAAAGCAAUGUCACAAUGCAAAAUAUGCUUCAUUUCUUAAUUUUGGGGUGAGAUGUAACCCAGACAUGUUCUUUGUGAAAUUCUGAAAUUGCUUGUUUUCAUGUUCAUCUUCCUUACGAAUCGCUCUGGUCUAAUUUUACACUGAAAAUACUGAAUCUGUAGAAUCUUUAUUAUUUAAUAACGGAGUGAAAUCAGGAAAACACUUCAUCAUCUGCUCUAUUCGGAGAGAAAACACAGAUAUAAAUGCUUCCAAACAAGACUUACCCAGAAGCCUCUGUCUCAGCGUCGAAGUUCAUUUUAACAGGUUUUCUCUGCACCGUUCAUGUAGUUGUUGUGUAAUAAUUGUAUCAUCAUAUUCAAGAGUUGGCGGUCUUUCUGAUUUAUGUGAUCUGUAGUUUUAUUAAACAUGUAGUUACACUGAAAGCAGAGCUGAAUGAAUCGUGUACAUAUCUCAGAGGGUCAGAGAUGUGAAUCUGUUUAUUGGAAAUAAAUUUAUUUGUUGCAAAUUCA